ACUAACAGAUAGGUGGAAAAGAGGAGAGAGAAAUAUAUUUUAGACAGGGGUGGGUCGGAGCGUGACUGUCAAAUCUACAUAUUCUCUCUCUCUUCUCUCUCUCUAUCUCUCUAAAAUUCAGAAUUCAGGGUCCUCCGGAGAUUCGAUUCAAUCGCCGAUCUUUUCCACUGUUCCUCGGGAAUUCCUCGUCUCCUUCUUUCAAUCGGUGUCUUCUCCUCAGAGAAAUGUUCCUAGAUUUUCAAGUGGUGCAGGACUGGCUUUGAUUUAAUUGAAUUUGAUUUGCUUAGAAAUGGAGGGGGACACAUUUUCAGGACUAGGCAAUGGCAGUCAAUUAGACGGGAAGGUGUUACAGACAUUUCAAAAGAACUUUGUUCAAGUUCAGAACAUAUUGGAUCAGAACAGGUUGUUAAUCAAUGAGAUUAAUCAAAACCACGAGUCGAAGAUCCCGGACAACCUCAGCAGGAAUGUGGGUCUGAUCAGGGAGCUCAACAACAACAUCAAGAGGGUGGUUGACCUCUACGCAGAUCUUUCAACUUCUUUCACCAAGUCCAUGGAUGUUUCGUCCGAAGGAGAUUCGAGUGGUGCUUUAAAACCGGACGGAAAAGCCGGUCACAAGAGGACCAGGCCUGCGUAGAGACAGGCUCAACCAGGCUCCAGCCAAUGCCGAUUCUGUUCUUGAUUCUUUUGCUUAGUGGGUAACAAGAAAUUCACAGUGGAUUAGACCGUGUGACUCUGCUGUAUUAAUUAAUUAGUGAACUCUUUUUAGUGCUUCACUUCACAUUUAUCCUAAAAAUAAUUGUCCCCAAAUCUCUGUUACAUCGUAAUUCUGUUUCACUGUGGAUCUACUAGAAAUUAAUUAAGCAUGUUUGUGCCCUUCUAA